CUCAUGACGUCAUACCAUGAAAAACACUUCACGCAAAGAUGGCGACGGGUCUGUGUUAUAAGUUAAGAUUUUAGCUUUUUAUAGCAUUUACGACGGCUUUGAGAGCCCGGAAAGAUAUUUUAAGAAUGUAAGAGGCUUCAUAGGUGCCAGGCAAAGACGUGAUUGUGCUGGAGAAUGUGACAAUCUUGGGAAUAAUUCUUUGUUUUUCACGAGACGUUAGAAUUAUCAAGCGAAAGUUUCCACUGAGAGCUUCCAUCAACAUUAGAUUGUCGUCAAGAGGAUGCGUAGCAUCUAUGCUUGAAAGAACGCAUGUCAAAGAAGAUUAGUGGAAAUAAAAUCGGCUGGUCAAGUUAAUUGGAAAAAAUGGACCGGCAAGAGCGACUAGAAAGGACAGCGUCUAUGGCCAACAACAAGGGAUUGCUGAAUAACCCUGGUGAAAAUAAUUGUUUUCUGAACUCGGCAGUUCAGGUUCUCUGGCACCUGGAUGUGUUCAGAAGAAGUUUUAGAGAGAUUAAAGGCCAUUACUGUAUGGGAGAGUCAUGUAUAUUCUGUGCACUGGACUUGAUAUUCAAACAAUUCCAGUACAGCAGUAAUGAUGCCUUGCCACCAGAUGGACUGCGAGUUGCUUUAGCUGCUGCAUUUAAGAACCAGCAUAGAUUUCAGCUGGGAGACAUGGAUGAUGCUGCAGAGUGCUUUGAAAACAUCCUCAGUCAUAUGCAUACCCUUGUGACAAAGAAUGAGUACGAUGAUGCUUGUAAUGCUAAACAUUGUAUAUCACACCAAAAAUUUGCCAUGCAGGUUAUUGAGCAGGUAAUAAUCACGGAUUUCGUAUAUUUUGAAUUUGUCUCUAUUGUGUCAUUGGUAAUUCUAAUCAAAUUUUUUCUGUUAUUUCAGAGUCCAGACUGUAAUGAGAAAGUCCAAGUUCAGCGGUUGUUAUUAAAUUGUCCUGAUAUUGUAAGCGUUGGUCUUAUCUGGGACUCUGAGUGUCCUGAUGCAGAACAUAUUGCUGAUGUUUUACAAUGCAUUGGAACAACUCUGAAGCUUUCUGAUUUGUAUCAUCAAGUGUAUGAUGAAAAAGCCAAGGAUGCCUGUCUGCAGCUGGUUGGUAUAGUGACAUACUAUGGCAAACACUACUCAACAUUCUUUUUUCAUAGCAAGCUGAGAACAUGGAUUUAUUUUGAUGAUGCCAGAGUCAAAGAGAUUGGUUCUGAUUGGUUGGUUAUGAUGGAGAAAUGCCGCCUAUGUCACUAUCAGCCUCUUCUGCUGCUCUAUGCCAACCCCAUUGGUACACCAGUAAAUGCUGAUUCAGCACCAAAGGAGCGAAUUCUCAUCAAUGGUGCAGUUCACGAGAAGGGAACUGAAGGGAAGCAGUCAGUGAAAGGUCUUAAUACAGAAAGAGGGACAGCUGAUGGUGUAAGCGACUGCGAAAAGAGCCCUGUUAUGUCCAAAAAAUCCAAAUCACGUAACAAACCAAAACUAGAUAAGAAAUCACUGUUCAGAUCAAAGAAGAGCCUUUCCUCCGGAGACUUGUCCAUUCCUAAAAAGGAGCUCACGCGGUCACCAAGCAACGCGUCAGACAGCACAACUAGUAGUCCUGGAAAGGAGAGGCACAGGCCGAGCUUCAAACGAAUAGGAACAGCAAUCAUGAGCGCAAUGAACCCUGCUCUAGCUGUGUCUCACUUAAAGCAGAACAAGAAAAAAGGGUCUUCAAAGUCCCGACGUUCGUCAACUGGCUCGAGUGAGUCUAGCGGCGACCCUGAUCUUAUAGAUUUGAGUCCCAAGAAUGAGGAGGCGAAAAUGGAGAUCCUGAAACUUUAUGAACAAUCUAAAGUAUUGCACUCUGCCCAGGCCAGAGCAAUGAAUAACGACAGUGGGAUUAGUUCUACACCUUCCUCAGCAGGGGGGUCCGUCAGCUCUACGGAUACUAACCAUGGGGGUAGUGACGAAGAUCUCAUCGAUUUUAACCAAUCAUGGCGACGCUCUCAGUAUGAUAACUGGCCCCCGCCUCCAGCUUAUACGGCUGAUCGUAUUGAAAAACUUAUUAAAGAGGGACAGCUGUACCUUCAGUUAUCGCAGGAGUGGGAGGAUCAAAAGGAUCUCGUCAAAGCUUUUGAUUAUUGCACCCAUGCAGCUACUAUGUUUAGAACGGUCACCGAGGAUAAUAGUGUGGACCUAAACAGAAAGAACUACGCUCAAAUGAAGCGCAAUGUUUGCCACGCACGGGCCAAAAAUUUGAACCACGUAUUGCAAUCCAGUCAGACAACAGACAAUGGAACUGCUUCUGUCAGGUAUUCAAGGACCUAG